GAGGCGCCCAAGACGGCCAGAAGAAGGCCCCAAGAGGGCUUCAAUACUGCCUCAUUAGCGGGUUUGGCUCAAGUCAUUAGGGCUCAGACCUACGGUAUCCCCGUCCAAAAGUGUUUCUUCAUGGCUGCGGCGGCGAACCAGGCAGUGACAAGCAUGUGCGGAAAGGAAUUCCAACCUCCAGCUCGGGUGGGCAUCGACACGGGUUUGAUGGGCGCUGAUCCCGAGAUCCACGCCAUCAACGGGGCAGAGCUGGUGGAUGAGAAGGAGGAGGCGGAGGACCAAGGCUCGGGUACGUCAGAGGAGGUGCAGGACCAAGGCCGACACCGCAUGGCACGCGGCCGAGAGCGGCAGGACCGUACCCCUUCCCCGAUGGCAAGGGUCCGCGUCGACGGCACCUCCGACAUGAUGCUGGCAGAGCUCAGCGACGUCGGCUGGGAAACCCGGGCCAUGCGCCAGCGGCAGGCGCAGAUUACCAUCCGCGUCCGGAGGCUGGUGCGCGCCGAGCAGAACCGCACCGUCACCAUGCUGGAGCGCCGCCUCUGCGGGCUGGUUUUCAAGAACCUCUGCAGACAGCCCUUCGCCAAUCUGCCCCUCGUGGGCGGGGAGUCCGCGGGGCGUAAGCGCACACGCGAGUAGGCGCAAUGCAGAGUCAAGCAGCGACGGCUGUAGCAGCGAGUUAGCGCACGUCCCGCAGGCAUGGGCUCUGUACAGGUCUGGUUUUCGCUUUGCGCGCGGGUGGCGCACGUGAAUCCUGCAGGCUGGUAACAUAUUAUUGGUGUAAUUCUAUGGUUCAAAGCCGCCGUCAAUUCAGCGGCAAACUUUGAUAGUCGUCGGCAGCGUCCUCCUCCUCCUCGUGCUCCAUUUCUCCCCCUUCACUCCGUUCACUGCCACCCACCUACGGUGUUUGAUUCAAUGCUCGGGGGCCCGCUUGCGGCAAGACCUACUCGCGAGAGUUCAGUCUCUGUCCGCUUUGCACGUCCUCAUCUGCAGGGUACAGCUCGACUCCCGCAGAACCCUGCACUGCACUGCACUGCUUUUUGUCCGCGACUUGGACCUCGAAGGGCAGUGAAGACUGGCAUGAUUCGGUUAAAAAUCGCGGGCUUCAAGACUGCCUCAGAGAGCCCCUCAGACCACC